UGUUUAACAAUGUCAGAAGAAUCCUAUAAGUACAUUCUUGUGUUACUCCAGUUGUUGUGAAGAACAUAUAAUUUUUAGCAGGUACCAUUUUUUCCUAAACAUCUAUAUACCUUUGAACUUAAAAUUUAUGUAUUUUAUGUAUCUUUAGAAUAAGAUGUCAACAAAACUUAUAUUCACGCUUCUAGGUAGACAUCAGUAUAAUAUUACCUUAUUAUCUCAACGUGGAUAUUACAUUUCCUUGCCAUUAAAACAAUACAAUGAAAAAUCUAGACAACCUGAUACUGAGGAGCUUGACAUUAUCAAUAAAUCGAAAUUACCUGAAGAAAAAGUUAAAAACGUGGUUAGCGAAGCAGAAGAGGUGGUAGUAAGAAAAGCUCCAGAAAGUUAUUUCAGCUCUUCGAUUUCUUACGACAAAUUGGUGAACAAGUUUGUUAACUGUAUGAUGUAUGAUGGAAAAAAAUCAGUGUCACAAAAACUUAUGAAUGACACUUUUGAGAAAAUUAAAAAAUUACAACUGGAGAGAUAUCACAAAACAAAAAAUGCAGAACUAGAGCUCGAUCCCCUGAAAAUUUUUCAUGUUGCAAUGGAGAAUGCAAAGCCAGUGUUGGGGACACAGACAAUGAAAAAGAAAGGCAAAAACUUUCAAGUUCCAUAUCCGUUGCCUGAAAAUAGACGCAGAUUCCUUGCAAUCAAAUGGUUUCUCACCACUGCUCGUAACCGGCCUGGUAAUAGUACCCCGAUGAGUGAAAAACUUAGCAAAGAAAUUCUUGAUGCCUACAAAAACGAAGGGAUAGUCGUUCAGAAAAAAACUGACUUUCAUAAAAAAGCUGAACUGCAUCGUGCCUUUGCUCAUUAUAGGUGGUGGUAGAGGAAAAUAGAGAGAAAUUACCUUAAUAAAAGAAGUAAUUUUCGUGCCACCUCUCCCAGGUAUAAAGCCGAAUUUCCACUAAGCAUUCCAGAACGGGCUGAGCAUAGCGGCUAUUGUUCUUUCAGUCCCAAACCUGCUAAAAGCGGUCCGCUCAGCGCGGUUUCAAAAGUUGACUCUACUUCGACUUUUACUCGGGUUUUCAAAGCGCUAUCCAAUUAAAAUGCUUCAAGGCCACAUGAUAUAAACAAUUUUCCUUUUAGUUUUCGUUCUCUAUACAGCCGUCUUAUCCAAAACCUUUUUGCAUACUUCUUUGUUUGGUUUUCUUUUUCUUCAUUCAGCAACAACAAUAGUUUGAAAAGACUUUUUUUCUUAAACAGCAAUAAUUUUCUACGUUCAUGUUUACAUAUUUUUGUCGUUUAAAAGUUUACGUGCUCUUUUUGCUGCUUUUGACAAGUGGAAAUCAAUAAAUAACAUUUGAAGCAGAUUUAUGAGCGGCUAUUGUUUUAAACAAUAGCCGCCUACGCUCAGCGCAUUUUAGACCGCCUAGUGGAAAAUCGCCUUAAUAGGGUUAAGAUCUUUACUGAUGACAAGAAAAUAUAUACUGGUUUUUGCAAAUGUGAGCUUAUAUAUGAGCAUAUAUGUCAAAAAUAAUGUUUAUAAUUAUAUAACUAAUAUAAUUAAUCUCUGUGAUUUUUAGUACGCAAGUUGUGUUGCAAUAAGUUGGGUUUUUCUGCGAGUGGUCUUUUAUUACAAAGCUGACUGUAGUCAUUUGUAUCAGUAAGACAAUUAUGUACCGGUUGUCUGUUUGUAAGUCAGAUAAAAAUCAAAGAAUUUUCGUAGGUUUUUUGACAGGCGACUUCUUGUAGAUUAUUUCACUGGCUAACAUCUAAAUUUAUCAUUUUUAUUGUUUCGCAUGUUUAUCAAUUCGUGCAGAGAUUGAUUUACUUUCUUUUGUUAUUCCUUUCUGUUGGUCGUACAAUUAAUUUUUGACGUA